AUGAGUCUGUUACAAGUGCAGCUGUUAGAAGAGAAGUACUGCAAGACAGAUCUUAGAAGUCCCCAAGCAGCUUCCAUGAGCCUGUUACAAGUGCAGCUGUUAGAAGAGAAGUACUGCGAGACAGAUCUUAGAAGUCCCCAAGCAGCUUCCAUGAGUCUAGUACAAGUGCAGCUGAUAGAUGAGGAGAAGUACUGCGAGACAGAUCUUAGGAGUCUCCAAGCAGCUUCCAUGAGUCUAGUACAAGUGCAGCUGAUAGAAGAGGAGAAGUACUGCGAGACAGAUCUUAGAAGUCCCCAAGCAGCUUCCAUGAGUCUAGUACAAGUGCAGCUGAUAGAUGAGGAGAAGUACUGCGAGACAGAUCUUAGGAGUCCCCAAGCAGCUUCCAUGAGUCUAGUACAAGUGCAGCUGAUAGAAGAGGAGAAGUACUGCGAGACAGAUCUUAGGAGUCCCCAUGCAGCUUCCAUGAGCCUGUUACAAGUGCAGCUGUUAGAAGAGAAGUACUGCGAGACAGAUCUUAGGAGUCCCCAAGCAGCUUCCAUGAGUCUAGUACAAGUGCAGCUGAUAGAUGAGGAGAAGUACUGCGAGACAGAUCUUAGGAGUCCCCAAGCAGCUUCCAUGAGUCUAGUACAAGUGCAGCUGAUAGAUGAGGAGAAGUACUGCGAGACAGAUCUUAGGAGUCCCCAAGCAGCUUCCAUGAGUCUAGUACAAGUGCAGCUGAUAGAAGAGGAGAAGUACUGCGAGACAGAUCUUAGAAGUCCCCAAGCAGCUUCCAUGAGCCUGUUACAAGUGCAGCUGUUAGAAGAGAAGUACUGCGAGACAGAUCUUAGGAGUCCUCAAGCAGCUUCCAUGAGUCUAGUACAAGUGCAGCUGUUAGAUGAGGAGAAGUACUGCGAGACAGAUAUUAGAAGUCCCCAAGCAGCUUCCAUGAGUCUAGUACAAGUGCAGCUGUUAGAUGAGGAGAAGUACUGCGAGACAGAUCUUAGGAGUCCCCAAGCAGCUUCCAUGAGUCUAGUACAAGUGCAGCUGAUAGAAGAGGAGAAGUACUGCGAGACAGAUCUUAGGAGUCCCCAAGCAGCUUCCAUGAGUAUGUUACAAGUGCAGCUGAUAGAUGAGGAGAAGUACUGCGAGAAAGAUCUUAGGAGUCCCCAAGCAGCUUCCAUGAGUCUGUUACAAGUGCAGCUGAUAGAUGAGGAGAAGUACUGCGAGACAGAUCUUAGGAGUCCCCAAGCAGCUUCCAUGAGUCUAGUACAAGUGCAGCUGAUAGAAGAGGAGAAGUACUGCGAGACAGAUCUUAGGAGUCCCCAAGCAGCUUCCAUGAGUCUAGUACAAGUGCAGCUGAUAGAAGAGGAGAAGUACUGCGAGACAGAUCUUAGGAGUCCCCAAGCAGCUUCCAUGAGUCUGUUACAAGUGCAGCUGAUAGAUGAGGAGAAGUACUGCGAGACAGAUCUUAGGAGUCCCCAAGCAGCUUCCAUGAGUCUAGUACAAGUGCAGCUGAUAGAAGAGGAGAAGUACUGCGAGACAGAUCUUAGGAGUCCCCAAGCAGCUUCCAUGAGUCUAGUACAAGUGCAGCUGAUAGAAGAGGAGAAGUACUGCGAGACAGAUCUUAGGAGUCCCCAAGCAGCUUCCAUGAGUCUAGUACAAGUGCAGCUGAUAGAAGAGGAGAAGUACUGCGAGACAGAUAUUAGAAGUCCCCAAGCAGCUUCCAUGAGUCUGUUACAAGUGCAGCUGUUAGAUGAGGAGAAGUACUGCGAGACAGAUCUUAGAAGUCCCCAAGUAGCUUCCAUGAGUCUAGUACAAGUGCAGCUGAUAGAAGAGGAGAAGUACUGCGAGACAGAUCUUAGGAGUCCCCAAGCAGCUUCCAUGAGUCUAGUACAAGUGCAGCUGUUAGAUGAGGAGAAGUACUGCGAGACAGAUAUUAGAAGUCCCCAAGCAGCUUCCAUGAGUCUGUUACAAGUGCAGCUGUUAGAUGAGGAGAAGUACUGCGAGACAGAUCUUAGAAGUCCCCAAGUAGCUUCCAUGAGUCUAGUACAAGUGCAGCUGAUAGAAGAGGAGAAGUACUGCGAGACAGAUCUUAGGAGUUGGAAACAUAUUUUGGUCUCAAUAUUAUUUUUAUGUGAAACUCUGGAGAAAAGUUCAACGAGAUUUCUUUCCGAACGAGGAGGUGUGGUUAUUUACCACUAUAUAGCUUUACAAACUGGUUUAUCUCUUUUGAUCUAA